GUACAGCAAGGCAAGAAGUGACGGCGUACAAGCGUUCCUCGCUCUGCUGUCCGUGUGUGCUAGGAGGCCACCGAAAGGCCGAUCAAGGAGCUGGCGCACAAGCCGAACAGCAACAGAUUUGCAGGACCACACUUCACCGGCAGCGCUAUACAUUGGUGACAGCAGGCUGCCGCGAUGUCUUUCUCCUGGAAGGAGUACAGCCAGGAGCUGAAGGCCGUGGUGAGGGGCUGGUGGCCCACAACGCUGGUCAAGCGCCUGGCAAUCCGCUCAUUCCACCGGCCAUCCUUCGAUGAGGUCGUGAAUGAGAAGCGCAGUAGCAGUGCCGCUGAGAUGAAGCGCACCCUCACUGGCCUUGACUUGCUCAUGUUCGGCGUUGGCAUCAUUCUGGGUGCGGGAGUAUUUGUCAUCACAGCGCAGGUUGCCAAGAACAAUGCCGGGCCUGCAACCAUCAUUUCGUAUGCCAUUGCCGGUAUAUCGGCGUUGCUGUCGUCCUUCUGUUAUGCUGAAUACGCAGUGGAUUACCCAAUUGCCGGAGGCGCCUUCACCUUCAUUUCUCUGACCUACGGCGAGCUCUGCGGCUGGAUUACAGUGGCCAACCUGAUUCUGGAGUACGUGCUGGCAAAUGCGGCUGUUGCGCGGAGUUUCUCGGGCUACUUUGCCAAUCUGAUCGGCAAGGAUUCCGGCUUUUUCGCGGUCACCCCCAAUGACAGCCUCAACCUGGACUUCUGGGCUUUUGGCCUGGUACUGGCAGCCACUGCGCUGCUGUGCUACUCCACCCGAGAGUCCUCCACCUUCAAUCUUGUGGUGACGGUGCUACAUUUGGUGGUGGUGGCGUUCAUCAUUAUUGCGGGCCUGUGCAAGGCGAACGCCUCCAACAUGCAGCCCUUCCUGCUGGAUGGACCCCGAGGCGUCUUUGACGGAGCGGCCCUGGUGUUCUUCAGUUAUAUCGGGUUCGAUGCUGUCGCCACCACUGCAGAGGAGUGCAAAGAGCCGUCCAAGGCGCUGCCCAUCGGCAUUGUGGGCUCGCUGGUCGUGGUCACCACCUUCUACAUCCUGGCAUCCCUCACCCUCACCCUCAUGGUCCCCGUGCAAGACAUCGACGCCAGCGCAGGAUUCUCAGCUGCGUUCACCUACGUGGGAUUGGAUUGGGCCAAGUACAUCGUUGCGCUCGGAGCACUGCUGGGAAUUGUCACGGGCGUCCUGGUGGGCUCUCUGGGAGUUGCGCGUCUGCUGACAACCGUCGGCCGCGACCACAUGCUGCCCAGCUUCUUUGCCUACGUUCACCCAACCCUGGGAACUCCCCUGGUGUCCACCCUCGUGCUCGGGGUAGUCACCGCCAUCAUUGCGCUGUUCACAGCGUUUGGGGACCUGGUGAACCUGGUGUCCAUCUGCACGCUGUUUGUGUUCUGGAGUGUUGCGAACGGCACUCUCAGCCGCCGCUACAUCGUCCCUGGGCACUGGAUACUGCCCACACUCCACCAGAUCUGGAUCCUGAUCUCUGUGAUCGGCUUCACGGUCUCCUACCAGCUGGGAGCUCAGCAUGUCGGGGACCUUGUUGAAUGGCUGCCCAUGGCCGUCUUCCUCAUCUCCUGGUUCAUCGCAACGCUGUCUAUGAAUAUUCUGUGCCGGCAGCAGUACACGCCCAGCGGCUUCGCAGUCCCUCUGAUGCCCUGGCUGCCCUCCGUCUCCAUCAUCCUCAACACCUUCCUUCUCGGCACCAUCCCCGCGGAGGCCUGGAUCGAGUUUGCCAUCUUCGUGGCCGUCAUGAUCGCGUUCUAUGCGCUCUACUCUGUGCACGCGGCUACCCACGCCGACGCCACGAGGGCUGCGCUGCUGCCCAGCAAGACUGUGCAGGAGAAGCCGGGCAGCGCUGGCAGCGUGGAGAUGACUAAGCCCACCGCCCACGCCUGAUGUCAUCGGCCUACAUGCGCCUUUGGGCACACAGCUUUCAUGGCUCUGGCCAUGUCUUUACUCUGGCCAGCUUCCGCCCAGACAUUGCGACUGGCAUCAAUAAGUAUUUACCCAUGAAGGAUGUGGUACACUCCACGGGAAGUGACAGCAGGAAAUGUACUUACAAUGUGCUUUGCAUUGCAAUGUGUGUUUGUUUUUAAGGGACAAGAUGUUAUGUGUUUGGCCGACAGCAUUGGGAGCAAUGCCUUUUCUUUCUUGUUUUGGAUAUGCCACAAAGGCGGAUAGGGGUGGGUUUUCAAUGCACACUGGAUGACUCUGGGUUUGCUCUCAACCAAUGCAAGUUCAUUGCCAUGAGACGGCACACAUGCAUGUUUCAGCCAUGCAUGUGUGCCUUUUCACCUCUGGACAGGCAGCAUUUCUGCUGCAGCUGGUUUUGACCUUGGGACUCCAAACUUCAAUUUGCAUCAGCUUCUGUUGAAAGCACUCACUGUCCUGAACUGUGUUUUGCAGACACUGGAAGUAGAUUGCUUGGUUUCCUGUUGGCAGCGGCUGUUUUCCGGAAACAUGCUGCACAGCUGAUGAUGCUCGUUUGUCUGAGUGGAAGCACUGAUCAGCUCAUGAGGAGAGGCAAGGCUUGAGGCUGCAGGUUGGGUUGCAAGCUUGCGAGUUCAGACUUUGUGCUGGUAAGCAUGGGAUGACAUAUGUGGGAUUGCAAUUUUCUUUGAGAUGGAAGCCCGCUUAGCAGAGCACCUGGAAGCUCUGAAUGUGCCCUGCUUCUUUUAUUCCCUUUUGGCAAUUACUGUGUACGUACAUAUAUUUCGAGCCUGUCAAUGCCCCCUUGCCUGGCAUGGCACAAAGUAAACGUUCUUCGAACAUGCAUUGGCCUGCAAGCAAUAAUUUCAGGCCUUCAGUCAUUUCACUGCACAUAAGCGCUUGAAUCUUAUUUCGCAUCUAAAUACACAUUAACGGCAUGUUGCACGCUGUGGUACAACCUCUCAUAUCCCGCAGACACGCAUGCUUUGCUACAAACAAUUGCAAACCGACAUCAUGCUACUGUCCAGAGCGCUUAGCACCAGAACACACAUGAUCCUCAAAAUCAAAUUGAUAAUGUACACAUGUGUGUACAGUCACGUACAGACACAAAGCUCGUAUAGUUGUGUCGGACCCAGUCAGCAAUCUGCUCUCCAGUGUAGUCUAGACCUGUGCUAUCUGUAUUUGAAUACACUGUCAUACAGUAGAAUCGUGCCAAGCAGCGCGUCUCAGACAAAGCCGCUCAAGGGAGUGACAACCACCUCUGAUGGUGCCUCCCUCAUUGCCAGAAGCCAAUUGGCACUGGCAGCCCCACAGCAGGCGCCACCAAACUCAGCCACGCUCUAAGAUAGCGCAGACCGCGCUCACCAGUCCCGCUGACAUCAUCUGGCACCACCUCACUGGAGACUUGCUGGACCUUAACAUCCAGCAAUGCCCCUUCCGAGCUGCAAUCUCCCUCAUGCUUGGUCACCAAAUCAUUGGGUCCAUAAGGUUGGCCUG